AUUGUACUCCAAUGGAACGAAAUCUUAAAAAAGUUUACAUAAACCCUAAUUUUAAUCAAAGAAUUCUUGUAAACGCAAUGCAAAACAACAUGCUUGUUAAUCCUUACUUUUCCCAAGUAGAUUUACGAAGUAAUUUCGAUCAAACAUUGAAUUCAACGAAAAGACGAAUAUUUGUCAACCCUAAUUUUAUACGACCUAAUAAUUUUGCGAAUAAUUUUGAACCUGCACCUAGUUUAUAUUACGAGCCCCCGCUUUUUAUUCAAAAUGAUAUUGAGAAUUCAACCAAUUUUAAUGAACAAAUUGCGCCCCUUCAAAAUAUAAAAGAAAAUCCAGAGACAAAGUAUUCACCUGCUAUAACUAAGUCACGAUAUACAUUGGUCCGUAAAAAUGAUAAAUGCACUGCCAACGUUGAAACAAUUAAGAGGACCACCACAGUUAAAAUAAGCAAGUACAAAACCAUGCAAUUAAGUUUAAUUAAGAAUAAAAUUAUAGAACAGCAACCCAAAAAGCCAGAAAUUAAAUUACAAACACCAUACAGAAAUCAGUCAUUAUCAAAGUACAACUAUUUAAUAAAAAAUACAUAUCAAAACUCUAGUGUUAAUAGAACUUACACAAUUAGCAAACAAACACCCAUCAUAAGAAAGUCCAUUGAAGUAAAAACAAGUAUAAAAGUUCCUAAAGCUAAGAAAACUUUGUUCAGCCCAAAUCUAUCAGUCAAUAGAAAAACAAUUGCAAGAAGAUUUAAAAAGAACAACAUACCUUGUCCGUUAUUUACUAAAUAUGGAAAAUGUUUGAGGAACAUUCAGGGAAAUUGUGAAUUUUUACACGAUAAAAAACAUGUGUCGAUUUGUCGAAAAUUUCUUAAAGGUAUUUGCCACGAUCCAAAUUGUCCCUUAUCACAUGAAUUGAGCGCGAAAAAGAUGCCGACUUGCUAUUUUUAUUUAAAUGGAAAUUGUAAUAAAAUUAACUGUCCCUAUUUGCAUGUUAAGUUAAACAAUAAAACAAAAUUGUGCAAUGAUUUUUUGAAAGGUUAUUGUGAGAAUGGUGACAAAUGUAUCUACAGACAUGUGAAUAAGGAAGUGAAGUCAGCUAUCAAACAAAACAUGAACCGGCAGCGUCAUUUUACAUGUUCAAGUCCAAUUGCAGUGCCUAAGAAGGUUAAAGUUAAGCCAGUUCCUAAAAAACCUGCAGAAACAAAGAAAUCAGUGUCAGAAACUGAAUGCGACCAGGACAAGGAGGAUGUCAACUGUAGAUACUUUAAGACUGACACACAAGAGGAUGAACAAAAUCAAACUUGCGAUGUGAUCAAACCAAGCAGAUGUAAACUAGGUGCUUUACCAUCUUUUAUUAAAUUAUAAUACAUUAUAUUUUUGUACUUUCAAUUUUAUAUUUUCAUAAAUAAAAUAUUUCAAGAUAAUGAUGUAUUUUUAUAUUACUGCAGAGACUUUUUGAAGCAUUUGAUGAAAUUAUGAAAUUGUUUUAAAAUAUUCAGAGUUAUUACAUAAUUAUGUUACU